UCUUCAAACUUCACACGAGGAAGAUUUUCCAGGCCAGGAGAAAACCAUGACGAAGAAGUUGUUGAUCAUUGACACAGACAGCGGCAUCGAUGAUGCUCAGGCCCUAAUGAUGGCCUUGGCAGCACCGGACGUGGAGGUUCUUGCUGUGACUUGUGUGUUUGGGAACACAGCGGCGGCAAAUGUGUGUCAAAAUGUUCUGAGGGUGCUCUCUGUCUGUGAGCGCCAGGAGAUUCCAGUGUUUCGGGGGUCUGCUUGUCCUCUGGUUGGAAUCGGUAAUCUGUUCAGUGACCAUUUUGGAGGAGAUGGACUUGGUGAUGUGAUGGAGUACAAAGAUCCUUUGUGGGAGGAGAAAAUCCAACGAGAGCAUGCCGUUAAUGCAAUGGUCAGACUGGUAUCUGAACACGAGAUGCAGGUCUCUUUAGUAGCCCUAGGUCCACUCACCAAUCUGGCACUGGCUGUCAGACUUGAUCCGUGCUUUCCUAAUAAGCUCAGAGAUCUGUACAUAAUGGGUGGCAACAUGGAAGGAAAAGGGAAUGUGACACUUUGUGCAGAAUUUAACUUUGCAAUGGAUCCUGAGUCGGCUUAUAUUGUUCUUGAGGAGUUCAUUUGCCCUACUUACAUUGCAUCAUGGGAAUACUCAUGCAGAAACGCUCUGACCUGGGAAUUCUUUGAAGAGCUAAUCCAUCAGGAUGCUCCAGCAGCUCGCUUCAUGAAGAUGAUAACGUCUAAGUGCUGGGCCUACUCCAAAGAGGCUUUGAAAAGUAAAAGAGACGUGUUUUUCGGGCCGGGCUUCGUCUCUUAUGAUUCCUACGCAAUGGCAGCUUGUGUUGACAGCAGCAUGGUGCUGGAGAGCAUUGAGUGUCCUGUUCGUGUGGAGCUGCAAGGUUCCAUUGCCCGAGGCAUGAUGGUUUUGGAUCGCACAAACCAACUGAAGAAGAACCACAGUGUAAAAAUAAUGACUAAAUGUGAUUUAACUAAGCUCAGUCGGUUACUGAUGGAGUCCCUCAGACAACCAUGCAAGAAAUAACCUUCAGUACCCUGAUGGACGUGCAGUUAUGGUAACAAUUGACAACCUCCUUUUAAGGUUUUAUUCAUCAGAAUAUUGUGGAAUUUGUCUGAUCCUACUACAUUUUAAGAUUUGAUCAAGUUUAUAUGAGUAUAAUUAGAAAAAAAACAUUGUCUACAACUGAUUAAUGUUGGGAAUUAACCCCAAUAAGAUGGGCCAACUGAUUUUAACAAACACAGAAAUGGCUGGCUCUCUGUGAUACAACUAUACAGCUAAACUGAGGUGUCAUAGUACCUAAGAGUCCUUUAAACCAUCAUUUUCUGUGAAAUCUUUUAAUGUCAAGUCU